AUGGGGAGAAAAUGUCAGCGGAGGCUGCAACGGAGGCUACAGCGGAGGGAUAGAAUCAGUGAACUCCCUGUAGAUAUAGUUGACAAGAUUUUGGGGUUCUUACCGAUUAAACAAGCUGCUAGAAUGGCUGUUUUGUCUACCUUUUGGAGAGAUAUGUGGUUCAAACUUACACAGCUCAACUUUGACUCUAUGUUUCUUUCCCACAUUACCAUAAAAUAUUCCCAUGCUCUCAUCGAUAUCAGGACCCAAACCACACAAGAGCAACAAAAGAAAAACAAUGAUAUUUGGAUGUCUGCGACUAUGUAUGUAAUCAACAAAGUGCUCAACCAGCACAAUGGUCUUAUCCGCAAAUUUGUCAUUGACUUUCACGAUGCCUAUUAUAGUAGGAAAUUGCUUAGGUCCCGAUCGUUUGACUUGGACCAGUGGUUCCUUUUUGUCACACGAAAAGGUGUUGAAGAAAUCGAUCUUAUUACUCUUAUGAAUGAAUAUAGAUACAGGAUGCCAAAUUGCAUAUUUUCUUGCCCAACACUAAGGGGAUUGCAUCUUAAUGGAGUCUCUGUUGACUCAAUAAAUGCCCACUGGACAUUACCAAAUGUCAUUUCACUUUGUUUUGAGAAUGUUGAUUUUGAUGGUGUUGAUCUUCUAGUUCCAGUUGAUUUUCCUAUGCUCGAGAAUCUCUCAUAUAUAAAUUGUGAUAACCUGUCCAAUUUGAACAUUAUUGCUCAAAAACUCGAAAGUUUAACAAUCAAUGAGUGCCAUGCUUUCCAACUCUCUAUUAACUCAGACUUGAGGUCUAUCCGUACUCUUGAUUUGGAUAAUUAUGCUCUCAAGGAAUUUGUUAAACGAUGUAAUAGAAGGGGAGUACAACCACAACCACUUGCACUAAAUGUGGAAUGCUUGAGAGUAUCAGAGCACACGUUUUUAAGGGAUGACAUUUCUUCUGCAUUCAUUCAUUUGCUUCGAAUGUGCCCAAAAUUAUGCCAACUUGAUAUAAGUUUAUUGUUAAUUGAUGUUUUGGGAACACUUUCCGAGGAAUUUAAUACUGUAGCUCAAGGACUUGAAAAGCUUCACAAUUUGAAUCUGAUAGAUUUUUUGGCGCACGAGGAGGAUAUUGUUUUCAUCAAGGGGCUACUUGCUUUCUUUCCUGCACUUGAGAAGGUUGUUAUUACACGUUCAGAAGUGUGCGAUUACGAUGAGGACUCUGACGAUUAUGAGGACUUUGAAAAUUACGAAGAGGAGCUUUUGCAUUUUCCUUGUGCCUCCACAAAAGCUAAAAUAUUUAUUAUUGGCUAAGGAUAUUAUUGUACUGAUAUUG